AAAUUAAAUGAGAAAGAAAGAAUAAAAUGGGACCACACAUUUUUUCUGUCAGCCAAAAACAAAAGAACCGCCAAAUAUACAUCCGUUAUUCUCCCAAUUUAUCAUCUUCAUUCACGCUUUUCGAUAUUACAUAGCCACAUAUAUCAUUUGUUCCUGGAAUUCAUGGGUUUGAGGAACGAUCGAUAAGCGGAAUUGCUCCUUGCUUUUGAUCAUUUCGCUUUGUAUUUUCGUUUUAGGAGAAUUUGUUGCAUAAUGGAUCGUCUCAGCUCUCCUGCACGUCUAAUGAUUGUUUCAGAUCUUGAUCAUACAAUGGUUGAUCAUCAUGAUCCGGAAAAUAUUUCUCUUUUGAGAUUCAAUGCUUUGUGGGAAUCUAGUUAUAGGCAUGAUUCAUUGCUGGUGUUUUCAACUGGCAGAUCACCAACCCUUUACAAGGAAUUGAGGAAAGAAAAACCAAUGUUGACUCCAGAUAUUACUAUUAUGUCAGUGGGUACUGAGAUUACUUAUGGUAAAUCUAUGGUUCCUGAUCAUGGUUGGGUCGAAUUGUUGAAUCAGAAAUGGGAUAGGAAUGUUGUUAUUGAAGAGGCUAGCAAGUUCUCUGAGCUUAAGCCUCAGUCUGAGACAGAGCAACGCGCACAUAAAAUUAGCUUUUAUAUCAACAAGGAGAAAGCGCAACAAGUGAUGAAGGGUCUUUAUGAAAGAUUGGAAAAGCGCGGGUUGGAUGUGAAGAUAAUUUACAGUGGAGGAAUUGACUUGGAUAUAUUGCCACAAGGUGCUGGGAAAGGACAGGCCCUUGCAUAUUUGCUUAAGAAGUUCAAGUCUGAGGGAAAACUGCCCAUUAAUACCCUUGUGUGUGGUGAUUCUGGAAAUGAUGCUGAGCUCUUCAGCAUUUCAGAAGUUCAUGGUGUCAUGGUUAGCAACGCUCAAGAAGAAUUGCUGCAAUGGCAUGCACAGAAUGCAAAAGGGAACCCCAAGAUUAUCCAUUCAACUGAAAGAUGUGCAGCUGGUAUAAUACAAGCUAUAGGUCACUUUAACCUUGGUCCCAGCAUCUCGCCCAGGGAUGCUAUGGAUUUUACCGAGUGUCAGCUAGAGAAUGUGAACCCUGGCCAUGAAAUUGUCAAAUUUUACUUGUUUUAUGAGAGAUGGAGACGUGGUGAAGUUGAAAACUCUGAGUCAUACUAUGCAAGCCUCAAAUCGGUUUGUCAUCCUUCAGGAGUUUUCAUCCAUCCAUCUGGUGAGGAGCUCUCCCUUCAUGACAGUAUAGAUAAACUCAGAAAUUGCUAUGGAGAUCGUCACGGGGCAAAGUACCGAGUAUGGAUUGAUCGUCUAUUGCCAACAAGGAUAAGUAGUGAUGCAUGGCUGGUGAGGUUUGAUAAGUGGGAAUCAACUGGUGAAGAGUGUCAAUGUGGUGUUGUUACAACUCUGUUGAGAUCCAAGGUUGCCGACUCCUUAGUCGACCUAUUAUGGGAGCAUGUGCAUCAAACGUGGUUAGAUGGGUUUGCUGCCAAGGAUAAUAACUCAUGGAUGUUAUAGGUUGUUCCCUUCAUUGAUCAAUGUGACUUUCCUUUGAACUGGUUGGGUCUUGGGUGUAUUCUUUUGUAAAACGUUUUUGCAUUUGCUUCAUAGUGAUUCUCAUGCUGUUUUAGCUUAUAAUGGAUGACUGUAAUUUUCUUCAUAAUACGAAAUAAGUAUUGUAAUAUGUUCACGAUUGACGAUACUGACACAUGUUACGCUCUAUUGUAUUUUGUAUUAUCAUAUUCCAAACUUUGAUGUGUCAUUUAAAUAUUUAUUGUUUGAAUCAUUUGUUAAAAAAACAA